CAUACUUCCGUCGUCAGUUGCGACCCGCACACGCCGCACGCAGCUCGCUACACCACCACUACAAGCAAUCUACACACCAACCUUGCUCGUUCUACGUAGCGGCGCGUCAUCAGCAAACUGAGCAAGUCGCUGCAUGCUCAGAGCGCUGCGGGUGUGUGCGGUGUCGGUGUGCGUACGUGUAGCCAAUUCGCGCGGUAGUGUGCGGCGUCAGCACGCUAUCUAUUCCUAGGCGGUGUCACUAUUCUGAUUGUUUUUACGUUUUUAAGAGCGUAGUUGUUGGAACAGUGAAGUUUUCCAGUAGUGCGCGUGAUUUCUUCGAUUAUUAUGAACGAAAUUAGUGUGUAUCCAUCCGCCAUGGAACGAGGAUUAGAAAGAAGAAAACGUAGAAUAUCCGAAGAAGAAACGAUCGGGCAAACGCUCGAGUCGAAACGUCCGCGUGUCAGCGUCUAUUUCCGCUUGGAGUCGGAGAGUUCCCUGGACUCACAAGACGACACCGAGAGCGUGUACAGCAUACAGGAUAAAGAAACUGUUGAUAAUGGCAGAAAUGUUGGCAAUGGCAAAAGACGAAGAAGACGUUCAAAGGUUUUCCACUAUGUAUUGGUUGUUAUAAGGUGCGGAAAACUUUCUUCCCACCCAGACCUAAGCCGUCGCGUCAAGCUGGACACGCUGCAGAGUUGCCUCAAGGAGCUGAAGGACAAACCGACUAGCAACACACACGAACCAGGCACGACCAACUCACGCAUCCCCAACUUGAAUUUUGAGGACAUUGUCGUCCCGCAGAAACAUCUCAAGUCGACGCGUGAUGUCGGCUCGACGAGGAUUCAUGAUGUGAGCGACUCGGAUGAUAUCUUCGACGAGGAUGAGCGCGCUGAAUCGCGGCGGAAAAAGCGCUGCAAGAUCGAUACCGUGGACGAAACAAGUAAGAAUAAUUUAAUCCCCAUCGAGCCCGAGUGCAGCAGUAGUCAGGUCAGCGGUAUCGCUGUGAAGAUGUCAUCCAGUCAAGAAUUGACCGAUAGCCAGGCGAGUCAAGCUAGUAUUUCGUGCGCGGAGAGCGAGCCGCUGGUGUUGAACGCGAGUAAUUUAAAGCGUCACACCGAGGAGGCGGCGGCGGCAUUCGAUCGGGAAUUCGAACAGCGCGCAACUCGCGAUGAUAUGUGCAUCAUGUGUAUGACCGCGCCGAAGAACGGCAUUUUUCUGCACGGCAGCAUCGGGCACAUGUGUUGCUGCUAUAAAUGCGCGAUGCGCGUCUGGAGGAAUUGCAAGCGGUGUCCGGUGUGCAACUGCAAGGUUAAGAAUGUCGUCAAACUUUUUACGAGUUGAAUCGAGUUGAAUUUUUGGGGGUAAAACUAUUUUUAGUUAGUGUUUAAUAGGUGUACAUACAAGAAACAAUUGAAAAAGUUAUUUAUUUUCGUUUGUAAAUGUAAAUGCAACGAUUUCGUAGUUUGUACAUUCUAAGGAACUUCAUUUAUAUAUACAGGACUUUGAAUUGUUAAUUUUAAAAAUUAGCAAGCGACGGAAAGCUAAGUCACAAUCACUCUAGUUAAUUUCAAAUAGUUCUGAUUACAUCUGACAGUAAUUAGUUAUUUUAUUUGCUUUGAUGAAAGCUUUGUAGUUUUGUCGUCUAAAUAUCAAGUUUAGAGUUGAUCAAUAACUGCAGUUUUCUAAGAUUCGAAGGGAAUUUGUGUUCAUUUUCUGGAUAUUCGAAUUAUUUUAUGCUUUUUAUUUGUUAACACUUUGUUUCGAAACAUUUUAAUUUCGCUUGUGAAUUUAUAAUACUGAUUUUCGAAAAGAUACUUCAACUAAAAAUGCAGAUUCAAAGAGAAUUAAUAAAUGGUAAGAAAGAAGUCAGUUAAAAAAGAUAAACGAAAGAAAAAGGUGCAAUUUAAUAUAUUUUUCGUAAAAAUAAACAUAAUUCUUAGGUUCACACAAA